UUAAAAGCAUUUGAUUACUUUUCUCCUUGGAAAGGAGAGCAACAGAUGUACAAGCUGGACAUAGGCUGGCCUAAAAUUCCAGAAUACUUCACUGGUCAAACAUUUUGUGUUGCUGUUGACUCUCUUCAUGGUUUGGUCUAUGUGGGACAAAGGGGAGACAAUGUGCCAAAGGUACUUGUAUUCUCAGAGGAAGGAUAUUUUCUUUACUCCUGGAAUAAUACAGUUGAAAUGCCUCAUGGUAUCUUUGUAUUGAACACUGCAACAGAUAGUUCAGUAUGGAUCACAGAUGUUGGAACAGGGAAAUAUGGGCACACAGUGAAACAGUACAGCCCUUCAGGUAAACUUAUGCAGAUCUUGGGCACGCCAGGUAAUGCUGGUUCAAGUUUGAUUCCUCUACAGUUUGAUCAACCAGCAGAGAUCUUUGUAGAGGAAAGUGGAGAUAUCUAUGUUGUGGAUGGAGACGGAGGAAUGAAUAACAGAUUGCUCAAACUAUCCAACGAUUACAAAGAGAUAUGGCUGACUGGAACAAAUGGGACCGGCAUUGGUCAGUUCAAGAUUCCUCACAGUGUAACAGUGGAUCCUUUUGGACGGGUAUGGGUUGCAGACAGAGACAACAAAAGAAUCCAAGUUUUUGAUAAAAUCACAGGGGAAUGGCUUGGGUCUUGGAGCAGCUGUUUUUCAGAAGAUGGACCCUAUUCUGUCAGAUUUACUGCCAAUUACAAAUACCUGAUUGUAGCUCAGCUGAAUAUCAACCGGUUAGCCAUCUUGGCAGCACCACCGGUUGGCUCUAUUGGGGACUGUUUUAUGGUCAGCACAGUCCAGCUGGCAGAUGAAACCAAGCCGCACCUUGUGGAUGUAGACAAGAAGAGUGGAGCAGUCUAUGUCGCAGAGAUUGGAGCCCAGCAAGUACAAAAAUACAUACCCUUAAGCUGAUGGAUUCCCACAACUGCCGUGGCCCAAGCAGUGUGAUGCGUAAGACCUGUGACCACAUUUCCUUGAAUUCUCUGUAGCUUGUGUUUCCUUAGACAAGCACAGAACAUCGUGCUCCCAGAACUCUAGAGCUAAGAAUCUAUUCUAGCUAUUCUGCAGUCUGGAGAAGUACUUGAACUUGAGCUGUUACUCAGUUUAGUAAUGCUGUGGUGGCUUUUGCUUUUGUUGCUGGCAAUUGUAAAAUGACUUUGAUAAGCAUCUUGAUUUUAUUAUAUAAAACAUUACAGUCACAGCUGCUGUUCUUAAAUCAACAGGAUCAUCUUGGGGCUUGUCUAUUUAGCCUGUGUGUGUGGUGUUAAAUAAAGGUGAACACUCUCUGAAAGAAGCGUAUAAAUGGUUUCCUAGGAGGCAAGCACCUCUUUUUAAUGUUUCUUCACUUGUUUUUUUUAUCGUCAUGCUGAUACUGCCCAACACUAAAUAUAGGGAUACAUUAUGAUGUUAAAUAAGAUGCUGCUGGAUACUGGUGUCAGUGCUGAUACUGGCAUCUGCUUUAAGUAAUUAAUGACAUAAGCAUUGAAAUCUAAGUUUUCAGCUCUAGCUAAAGUGGUAAAGUCUGUAAUAAGCUUAAGUUAAAUUGAUACCAGGCACUUCAAACUAAAUUAAAAGUAUGUGCACAGCAGCCAAGUACUAAUUCUUAACUAAAUCAAUUCUUAACCUGAUUUGAUUUAUAUCGGCAUGAGUUUUCUGUUCCGUGAGAUUUCAUAGUGGAACGUAUUGAUGUUCAACUCAUUUAAGGUCCUCAAGAUAAACAAAUUGCAAUUUACUAGGAAAGCCAUAAUCAGCAUUAAGGGCUGGGAGAAAAAUUAUUUUCUCCCAAUUUCAUUGAAGCUCUGUCAGUUAACAGCAGCGCAUCUGAUUUGGAGAUUUUUAACUGUUUUAUAUCCAAAAAAACCCCUUCUAUUAUUGUCUAGAGUUAAGUUUCUUAUGCUGUAUCUUAGCAGAUGUCUCCAAGCUCGAUCCUAAAAAAUGCCGUCUCUUUCCAUUCCC